UAUCAGGACUGGUCUUGGUUCGUACUAGCAGGUUGUUCUGCACCUCCCGGCACCGGGACAGAAGUGUAGGGAGGUUUUCCUUUCGUGGAACAUCAUGCAUAGCAGGUACUGAAUCUUUUCACAAGACCGAACAUGAUGACCCCCACCUCCUUGUAAACACGCGCGGUGGUGCUCCACCUCGAUCGGUCUUUCUGUCUCCUCCUCGUUGAUCAGCAUAUUGAUGUAGGAAGAGAAGUCCUCAGUUCUAUGCGGCUAUUAGUAAGUGCAUGUAGAUUUUCAUUUUAGUUCUUUCUGUUGAUCGUCACCGUAUAACAGUACUAUGAUGUGAAGAUAUUCAUGGUACAACCAACAACAGCAACAAUUCAAUACAACAUACCGGAUAGGUCGUACAACGAACUUCUAGCCGUUGGAUUGAGAACUGGAGUCACUUGCUCAUGCUCUGCAGCAAGUUUUACGUGACCACAGAGUAGACUCGUACUCGUCAGAGUUGCAUUCUCUACCAAGAACAAGUAGCCUGCGACUUCCACAAUUGCUUACGCGUUUUCGAUUCCCAAAAAAAAUAGAGAAUAGAGUUCUCAACGUAGCAACAACCUGCUUCCACGUACUCGACGCUUUCAAAAUUUUGAACAUCUAGACUCUUCACUCUUCACCACGUCCAAGGACCAAGAAUAACCAAGCACGAAGACAAGAAGAGGAAAAAGAUGCAAAAGCAGGUGAACUACUAUGAGAUCUUGGGUGUGGAGCCCACCGCCAAAUUGGAGGAGAUUCGAAAUGCCUAUAGAUCUCUGGCGUUGCGCAUGCACCCCGAUCGUGCCUUGAUCAAUCAAGGCAUGGAACGAGCGAGCAAAAAAGAAAAUUUAAGGGUAGGUUAAAAGUGCUUUUCUUACCGCUUUUUAUGCCUCUCUCAUCCUAAGGGAGAGAGAAAGGCAUAAGAUGAAGUGGGGUAAGCGAGCACCAAAAGCCUACCUCUAAAAAACGGCGCUUCUAGUGGCAAUGUUGGAAGUGGGAAUCCGAAUGAAGGCGAGUCUAUUGGAUCCAAUCCGGGAGUCUCUACCACAAGCACGACGAGUAAGAGAGCCAGCUCUGGACCUGGUAGUGAGCAGAUAGGGGGUUCCGUCAGUUCUACCAGUACUACACCGGCGCAGGAAGAUGACCUGUCUUAAGGCUUAAUUUAAUAAGAAAGUAGGUACACAACGAACUGAAGAAAAUUAGACCUCAGAAUACGAUUACGAACAAUUAUACAGGCACCCGCAGGCUGCCUGACUCUUAUUUUUCAUCAGCUAAAAGUCGACAUGCUUCUCAAAUAGAUUGUUCCGCGCUUCUACUAGGCUCUAAUCAUCAGCAUCCGCAAGAAGCUGUGCGGCUAGUGAGACUGCUGGUAGCGGUGGGAGGUCGAAAAUGAGAGGCAAAGUGAAUUUUGAAUUCUACCAGAUUCAAGACGCAUGGAAAACGCUGAGCAAUCCGAGUAGGAGGUACAACUCUAGUACUAUGUGUUUGCUGGAAAAUAUCAUUGGGAAAUCCAAGUAGGAGGUACAACUCUAGUACUAUUUACAAAAACUCUACUAAUGGUCAAGAACAAGGAACUCAAGGUCUUACAACUACCUCCACGACGUCAACGACGUCUUACUUUUUUUGAUUACCUACUACUGCAAGAACGUACAAAACUACUCCUUCCUUUUCCACUCUCACCAUUCUCACCACAUGAUCUCAGAUUUCUCUACGAUAUGCGAAAUUUUGGGUCUUCCACUGAAUUCCCAGACCAUGACGAAUCGUAUUUACUGGACUUGGAACGCGCUCAAGCAGAGAAAGACCUACAUCAAAUGAGCAGCUAUUUGACCAAAGUAGUGACACGAGAAACCAAGGCGAAAGGAGUCAUCAUCAUGGAUGCUUGGUAUGUGACUGACUCUUCAUUAGCAGGUGUUGUAGGUAAGCUACUACAUCACGACCGCUAAUAAAAAGCCAUGAUGAUCAUUUGCAUUCCUUUUCAUGGAUCCUCCACACAGCAACGUACUCAUUUUCACUUCACCAGGUAUGGCGACAUGGCUACUUUGAGCAAGUUUCAUAUGUCACAUCUCCACCAGGUAUGGCGACAUGGCGAUCUUGAGCAAGUUUUAUCUGGCUUUCAACGAACGCAACUCCCCUAAUCGGGUUGGGGAAGACGGUUUGUAUGUCGACGUUCGAGUGGCGACCCAAUGCCAAGUCGAUUACAAGAGUCAUAGACUGAUCAUUAUGGAGGACGGAUUCAUCACUGUUGAAGGAAUUUGGAAUUUUUCAAUAGAUGAGUGUACUACAGAUUUAUUGGGUUUACCUUGUCCUUGAGACUGACAUCGUCUAUGUUCUGAUCCCACUUGCUUUUCAUCCUCCUCAAGGUCAGAUAUCACAUCUACUGUAACUAAAGACAUCUAGGAGGGACAUCUGUAAACACAUUCUUUAGACUCAAAGCCCUGCUUACGGCCUCUAAUCCAUUGAGCGGAGGAGAUUCGACGUCGAGAUCUGACUUGCCAGGGUUUUACAACCCGAUUCCGCUGUCUUUGCGCAGCUCAGUCGAAUUAGGGAUAUUCAUUAGGUAUUGCUUCCUUUACGCUUAUACUGGAAGGAGUACGCUUUCUUAUAUAUAGCUUUCUUAUAUAUUACGCAGCUUGUACUUAUAAAAGAGGGGCUCAUUGAUUUUUAGGAUUGAGCUUCCAACUUAUCUGACUUCAGAGUUCCUCGCACAGGUACCAAUUCAACAACGAAGUUCACGAAGUACUGGCGAAUGAUACGGAGUCUAUCUGUAUCCCUAAGAAAUCUCAUACGAUUUCCAAUAUUGCUAAGCGGAUCCGUCAGACGCAAGAUCAAGAGAAGGAGUUGGAAGAAGCAGCCAAAAGAAAGCAGCGGAGCAAAACUUUACCUGGUGUUAUGAACGGAGUUUUACUGAGGGACAAUUUCAUCAUAUUAAGUACGUAAAUAGAAGUAGAUGGAAAAUUAAUCGUAGAUCCAUCUUUACUUUUUGGUGCUUGGAAUCAUUUCCUCAGAAGUUUUGAUUUGUGUCAAUAGAUCAUAGGCUCAUCUCGUUCCUCUUUUAAUGGUGGAAGUAACAGAUGAAAAGAAGUAAGUACCCAAAAGGAGAAUGACCAUCCCUCUUUCAUACCCCUCGUCGAGAUGCUAGGCGCCAAUACGGAGGAAGCAAGUAUCGCUGCCAACCUGGGUAUUUGCGCUAUGCUAACUGGUCUUUACCUCUACAAGGAACGCGACGUCCUACGACAGAUAUUUGCUCCACUUUUUGGAGGAGGGAAGUGAUGCUUGAGCAUGCUCAAGGUGGAGAUGAAUGGGUGAUAACUGGGGAGGUGGUAGGGAACAAGCAACAGGUCAUGGAAUACGAUAAAGAUAUGGUGAAAAUAUUUCUGAGAAUAUCUUCCAGAGUAAAAUUUAGCUGAGCCGUGACCUAGACCUUGGAGUUUGUACAUUAAUGUAGGCAGCAGGCAGAGGCAAAUACUAAGUACAACCCUGACCACGACGUGAAAUGAGUUGAAACACCCAUGUCGUGUAACUACCGGACAACAAAGUCAAAUCGUAAGCAUAUUAAUGGAUAACUCGGGAAACUUCUGCAUUCUAAACAAAAACGUCACGUAACGUCAUAAACAAGAAAACCAAUCUAUCAACUUUUAGAACUUCUCAAGAACGCUCUGUUGAUUUUUAUCGUCUCCAUUUAUCUUACGACUAGUGUAGCGCGAACGAGAUCAUGUAAUAUCCCAUGAUGGCAGAUAUCCUGCUCAGCAGCCGUUAAAGUCUGCCACAUCGGAUGGUAGGCCCAAACCU